AUGAGCGGAAGAGAAGAAGAACCGAAGCCGCCCCGCAUCCGGUCGCGCUCGCGCAGCUCGCAGCAGACGCGUCACCCGACGACCGAGACGACCGCCGCCGACACCCCACUCGCCCAGCGCGCACCGAUGCCAGCACCAUCCGGGCCGCGUGACCACCGUGCCCCUCGCUCCGUCGUACCUCGCGAUAUUCUCGCGCAGGUCGCGGCGGAACACGGACCGGCGACACCGGCGCCCUACCAACGCGCGGACCCAGCGCCCGCCCAAAGGACGUCACGUCCCAAAACAAAGACUCCGCAGCUACAGCGCUCCCCCUCCGCCCCCGCACAAGGGCCCUCCCAGCGACGCGCCCAUAUUUGUGGGCGGCGGAAGAACCCACGGUCAGGGGGCUAUGCCCCGAUACCGUUUCCCCACUCCCCUUACGGGGAAUGUGAGAUGACCACG